GGCCCGCCGCCGCCGCGUUCCGCUGGGAUCUGUUCCCCGGCCCAGGGACGCCGCCCCCACUCCGGUUGUCUAGGCGACGAGGGGCCGCUUCUCCCGGCCGAGAUUGCGGCGAUGUCGCAGGGAACGACUCCCUGGGGGCCGACCCCGGCAGGGCCGACCCCAGCGGGAACCACGCCCGAAUCGGAGAGAGACACUGAAUUCCAGGAGCAUGAAAAGAUUCUGUCUCCGGAUUUUCUGUCAGUUGCCCAAAUCACUGAUUUGUUAACAGAGGACGUCGAUGGAGUUCAAGAAAAACUCAGAAUCUUUUUGAAUUUCAAAAACGUUGAAACUUGUUUAAUGGAUGCCAUUCUACUGGAUUAUUAUGUAUCUGGAUUUUUGUGGGCUAGAAGAAUGGAUUUCUCUGUUAUUCAAUAUUCAAAAUUUAUGACUUUGUUAGCCAUGUUGCUUUGGAAUCUUAAAACACUACAUAUGUCCUUAGAGGACAGCAUAAAAUGGCUUGGAGAAGUUAUGGCUGAAAUAGGACCAAAUCAUUCACGAAAAAGUGAGGAAUGGAAUAUCUUUGAUGUAAAACAAGCCAAUGCUAUCAUUGAUUACAUAAAAAUCAGCUUAUUUCAACACUACAAGCUCUACGAAUUUAUGUUCUACUCUGCCAGGGAAGAAAUUGUGAUAGGAACUGAGCAUUUUCUAGGAUGUCCAGACAUAAUGCCUAAGGUAAACUGUAUCAGGUUCAGCAACCCACAUUUGAAAGUGGACAUUUUCAAAUCAAAAUGUUUUCAAAGGAAAAUAACCUGGAUUUUCCAGGACCAGAAGCCUCUGAAAAAGAAAAGAUUCAGAGUGGACGUAAUAGCUGCCUUCAAAUCUAAAGGACUGACAAGAUAAAGAAGAGAUUUGUCUUGUCUGCAUAACUCCCAGAUGGCAAACCAAAGAUCAUUGGUUUUGGUUCUAGGGUGAACCUUUACUAAAUAAAUGCAAUCACUUUCUAAAUAUAGAAGCAUCUAGAAAUGGAAGGGAUGAGAUGUGGGAGGGCAGAGGCUCAUGUCUUCCUCAGUUUUAUACUACCAACUCUCAUCUCAGCACAGGUCCUGGCAGACAGACGGUACUUUAAGUUUUAUGGAAUGAAUUGAGAGGUAAUAGGUUACAUCGUCAUUGAAUAUAUUUCAAGUUUAGCAAUACGGUUUUUGUUGAAUGAUAUUUUGUGAAGUUGUUUAAAGCACUAGAAGGGAAAUUGAGCUAGAUGAUCUAUGAGUAUGUGACCAUCAAACCCGGAUUUUUUAGGACUUUCAAUUUAAACUAUUUUGUCCUAUUCUUCCCAUGAGUAUACUUCCAAAUGUUCUUCUCAUUAGUAAAGUCCAAAAUUUAUGAUCAGCCAGUCUUACUCUGGGUAGCAAUUACUAAUAGAAUGAUAAAGUGGAUUCCUUCCUAUGGGCUGGAAAUCAUGUAGGAUUGCUUACAGUUGGAGUGGAUAAAUGCAGUUGUUUAUAACUAAAAGGUCACUUAUAAAUAUAUAGUUGGUUCUAUCUUGGUGAAUGCAGACUUACAUGUUAAUAAAUAUACUCAAAUGUAAGACAACCAAAACUCUAGGGUGAUAUAUAUUUAUUGAUUGCAUUUUUAAAAAAGAAGAUUUUGAUCAGUUUUAUAAUAUUGGGCCAGAUACCAAUGUGUUUUCAUAGUAUUCAGGUUGGCUUAUGAGGCCACUCUUUAGACAUGGUGAGUGUUUAACAGAUGGCAGAGAAUAUACAAGCAGGUAUGCAUUGUGCAGGAAAGCAUGCAAGUGAAGAGUCAAUUAAGAAAGAAUAAACAUGCUUAGCAAGAGGCCACCUGAUUGGUAUUCUAACUACGGAACUGAGAAACUUUCUAUGCAAAUUACGCAGCUGCAUCAGCACCAUUGACAUCAUAGGAGUGAAGAGGGGAAAAAAAAACAGGAAAGCUCUCUGUGGCAAAAUAGCUCUGUGCUCGAUCAAGGAAAUAAUAUAAGUGUAGAUGUGGAAGAAGGAAGUUGCUUUUUCUUCUGUUUGCCUGAACCAGUAAUGACCACAGCAGAAGUGACAAGUUUAACUGAUGAAUAUGGAGUUUCAUAGCUCCCAGAACACUGAUUUUGGACUAAGAAGAAUUUAGAUGGGAGAUGCAACCUACUUUCCCUUAUUUCAAGAUUUGCAUGCCUGGUACAUACAGUGUCGUAUAAAUGUGCCAAGAUUUGUGAAGAGGUACGCGCGCACGCGCGCACACACACACACACACACACACACACACACACACACGUACACGCAUGCACACUUGAAACAGCGGGAGUACCUAAGAGGUAGAUAUCCAUUAUUCAAGGAAUUUCUUCCUUCCUUUAUUCAAUACAUGGUAACUUAAAGAAUAAAGGACUUUAUAUAAAAAGAUAUUUUAGAUGGGGAAAAACA